AUGGACAAACCGAAACGCGAGGCCAUUCUUGAUUUAUCCAAGUAUGCAAACGAAAGAAUCAGAGUGAAAUUCACUGGUGGUAGAGAAGUUACUGGUAUUCUAAAGGGCUUUGACCAGCUCCUCAACCUUGUCCUCGACGAGGUGGAGGAGCAGUUCCAAAACGGUGAGGAUAGCAAAUUCACGAUCGGACUAAUUUCCUCAACCAAUUUUGCAGAAGCUCAGUUGCAAACACGGUCCCUUGGGCUGGUUGUUUUACGCGGUCCCACUAUCACUCUCCUUAGCCCUGUGGAUGGAUCUGAAGAGAUUGCAAACCCUUUCCUGGCGCAAGAAUAA